GGGGGUGGAAGUCUAAGUGGUGAGGAGUGGAACUGACACUCAGUUGUGCACCGUCACCAUGGUUGACACGCGUAGUGGUACGAGCACCGCCCCGUACACGAAGGAGCAGGAAGAGCAAGCCGGCGCCAUUCUGAAAGAGAGAAAAGAGAAGAAAGAGCUAUUGAAGCAGGCGAAGAAGCAAGCCUUGUUGGAGGAGCAGGCGGCAAAGAAGAAGAAGUUGGAAGAGGAGAUGGAGAGAUUAAAGAAAGAGGAGGAAGAAAAGUUGAAGGAAGUAGAAGCAGCAGCAGCAGCAGCAGAAGAAGAAGAAGAAGAAGAGAUUCCCCUAAAGAGGAAUGUUAGGAGGACAGGGGAAGGAGAGUCAAGUAGCACGACAGAAGAAGAGAAGUUGGAGAAGAUGGUGAGUGAGUGGGUAGCAAAUCUAUCCCUGGGAGAAGAUGAAGAGGCUAUGAUGUAUAUUCCCCAGGACGAGAGAGACGSGGCAAUAGMUGAKAUCYAGGCAGUUYAGGAUCCCUUGCAGCGUCAGGCCUUGGAGGAGGAAAAGAGGAUGGAGUGGAAGUUGCGCCUUCGAAGACAGAGAAGGAGGCGCAUAGAGGUGGCGACAAAAUUGGAGAAAGAGUUGGCCGCCACGAGGGAACAACAUGCACAGUUGGCCGAGCAAGCGGAUCUCAAGAACAAAGUGGAGAUCAUAGGCAAGAGCCUAGAAGUAAUGAUUCGGGCCCAGCAAGAGCAAAUGAACUACUUGAAGGGCCACGAUAUCGCUCUGCAGUCCAUGCGCGUAGGCUUUAGGGAUUUUGCGCAUGACAUGAUGAUGCGCAUGGGCACUGAAAUGCAAGCUCGACUAACUAAUAUGGAGAGGUCUUACAAAGGUGCUAUCGAGGGAGUUAAGAUAGUCGCUCCCAAAGAGGAGGAAGCUCGCCCACGUAGGGAACCAGUCAAGCAAGACGAUGGCAAUGGAUAUAGGCCUGUAGAGUUCAUGUCUGUCAGAAUGCCUUCAGAGAAGGUGGCGACAUCAACCUAUGAGAGAGAACUCUACGCUCUCAGGCAAUCACUAGAGCAUAGGAAACAUUACUUGCUUGGGAGGCACUUCAAAAUCUACUCAGACCACGAGACACUAAGGUGGCUGAAGACUCAGGCCAAGAUGACACCUAAGCUAACUAGGUGGGUCGCAAAGUUAGACCAGUAUGACUUUGAACUAAAGCCAGUUAAAGGGAACUCCCCGAAGUACAAGCAGAUCUCGGCAAAUGCCGUUCGCCUCGAACACCAGAUAUACCCUGUUGUGCUGGCAAAGGGCAUCAUGAGGUUCUUUCAAAAAUCCUUUGCGGCCUCCAGAGUUCGGUUCACCAAUGCUCUUUACAAGGUCAUGGUGAAGCAAAUCACAACAUGGCUUGUGACAAAGGACACUGCCGUCUUCACCCAGAUAGAACGCCCGGUCAUUAGCACUGCAUCUGAAGUGAAAGUUGUGCCAAAUACAGAUAGAAUGACCGGGCGUUCUAUUCGGGUGAAGACGGUAGCCAAGGACAAGCCAGACAAGUUCACAGCAAGGAGAGGAGAGGAGCUUUUGCUAAGAGCUUGUUACUCUGGGGGAAGAUGGCAACGAUGGAGAACAACCGAUUGAGGUGGCCGAGAUGGCACAGCCAUA